AUGGUGGACGCCAACGGCGAGGCACGCCAGGUGUUCCAAUCGGCGGGCGUCGAGCAAGGUGACCCGCAGCCAACAGCUGCAUCAGUGCAGGAUGCUUUUGCGAAGGCUUUCCAAAAUUCCUUAGCUAAGAAGUUUGCAGGGGCAGCUGUUGACAUGCUGCCAGAACUUGCCAGUGCAUGUGCGCAGCUUGCAUCAGGGCGUUGGAUUCUGGCGCAUCGCGUUUUGUGGUUAAUGCACAAAACUAAAAGGAUCAGCAUUGGAACACAUUGCGAACUUGCAAAUCUGAGGUUGAAUGCCUGA